AUGGAAUCUAACAUUGAAAUUAAGGAAGAAUUUGUUAAAAGUGAUCAAAGACACAUAGAGAAUCAGUUAUCUACGUCAACUGAUCGUAGGGACUUAAAGAAUGGACCAGAAGAAGGUAGGGCCGUAAAAACUGAAAUUAAGGAAGAUUUUGUUGAAGCUAAUCCAAGAUAUGUAGAGAAGCAGGUAUCCACCUCCCUUGAUCUGGGUGACUUGAAGAAUGAACCAAACAACCAUAACACAGAUAAUACUGUAAAAGCUGAAAUUAAGGAAGAGUUUGUUGAAGAUGAUCCAAGAUAUAUAGAGAGUCAACUAUCCACCUCUCUUGAUCUUGGAGACUUAAAGAAUGAGGAUACCUCAGGUGAGAUAAAUAAUAAAAACAUGCAGAGGAACUUAUUGAGGUAUUUCAUAUAUCAAAACCUGAAUUUUUCUUUCUGUGUCUUUGUAUGA